AUGGGGUUUGUGUUUCCCGGAUGGCCUUAUUCUUACUGUUAUUAUCACCUCAAACAGAAUUUGAUAUCAAAGUACCCGAAGUCAGGUUAUGGGAAACUGCUCCAAGACCGUGUUAUCAAUUUAUUUAGUAGAUGCGCAUAUGCUGUUAUGGAGGAAGAGUUUAAGGUAGCAAUGGAGGAGUUGGUGAUUGUUGGGAGUUCGAAAGUGAAGGCAUUUAUAUCUCAUUUGUCUAGAGAUCACUAUGCCAACGCAUUUUUCAAAGGAAUGCGUUAUGGGGAGAUGGCAAACAGUUUAGCGGAGUCCUUUAAUAAUUGGGUUGGUGUGUUUCGAGAUUUGCCGGUGCUACCUUUGAUAGAAGGGAUUCGACAGAAAUUGAUGCAAAGGACUUGUUCUUGCCGUCUUUGGCAAAUUGACGGUUUUCCUUGCACACAUGCGGUGGCUGCAAUCCUAGCAAAGAGAGAUUCAGUUUAUGAUUACGUGGAGUGUUACUACAAAACCGACUUCUUUCGAAAAGCCUAUGAGAGUCCUAUUUUUCCUAUUCCAGAUAUUGGGAAAGGAUUUGGCAACAAUGGUUCUGCAGCUGGAGUUGCGCUUCCGCCAAUUACAAAGAGGCCAGCCGGAAGACCACCAACAAAGAGGAUCAAAGUUUUUGGUGAAUUUAAAAGGCCAUUGAAAUGCAGUCGAUACAGUGUUGCUGGGCACAAUAGGAAGACUUGCAAGGCUAUUAUAUGA